AUGGAUGACCUUCAGUCUCUGGAGCUCUUCUCGCUCGUAUCGCGAAUAACGAACGAGCUCCAGAACCAUUUGGGCAUUAAUGACAAAACGCUUGCAGAAUUUGUAAUCGACCAACGUCUACAAUGUCGCUCAUUCGCGGAAUUCAAGGGGAAGAUUGAGGAAAUGGGGGCCGACUUCCCCGAAAGUCUGGUGGAGAGUAUUGACCGUUUAGUUUUAACGAUGCACCCGAAAUUUCAGUCAAAUGGAGCGGCUGCCGGCAAAGGUUCAGAAGGUGCAUCAGGGAAUGGCGAUAUGGAUGUUCUUGAUGCUCUGGAAAAGAAGGCGCGAGUGUUCAAGGGAUUAGCCGUUCCGGACCAGAAGCCGCGGUGGAACGACGAUGAAGACGCUCGGCGCGGUGGUACUGACGAGAAUGAUGCCCAAGCUGGCGCUAUGGACGAUACAUUUGCUAUGCUGGAGGGACUGGCAGGGAAGGCGAAAGAAGGCAAGACACGUACGAAAGACGAGGGGAGCGUCAGAAGACGAAGCAGGAGUCCCGAUCACGACUACUACGAUCGCGGACACAGGAGGAAGCAUAGGUACCGGUCUCGAUCUAGGUCACGCAGCGGUGUUCGCUACAGUCGGGAAGAAGAUGAUGACGAGGUAGAUGGAUUCGGCAGAUCGAGAAAAUAUCGCAGCAAGGAAGAUGGGUAUCGCAAUGGCCGCAGUGACCGCCGUAAAGGACGGGGUCAAGAUGAAGAUGAAGACUAUUUCCGACGGCCUCCUCCCGUGGAGCUAGAUGACCAGCCGAUUCUUUACAAAAUCUACGAUGGCCGUGUCACGGGUGUGAAAGACUUCGGUGCUUUCGUGAACCUAUUGGGUGUUAAGGGGAAGGUGGAUGGCCUAGUGCAUGUUUCUGCGAUGCAAGAAGGGGCUCGGGUAAAUCAUCCUUCGGAUCUAGUUUCACGAGGACAACCAGUCAAAGUCAAAGUUAUCAGCAUACAAGGCUCCAGGAUAGGGUUGUCGAUGAAAGAAGUCGACCAGGUGACAGGACAAGACCUUGUACCUCAGCGGCGCAUUGCGUCAGGUGCCAAUAUGGAACGUCUUGACGGUGCGGCUGCCAAGGACAGAUACGGCAACUUGAGUUCGGAAGUUCCAGUCAUUGAGGGUUCUAACAACAGGCCAAUAAAGAAUCGGAAACGGUUAACUUCCCCAGAGCGAUGGGAGAUCAAGCAAUUGAUUGCUUCUGGCGCGUUCUCUGCAGCCGACUAUCCUGACAUCGAUGAGGAAUACCAAGCCACUCUAACUGGCGAAGGCACCUUUCAGGAAGAGGAAGACGUGGAUAUUGAGGUCAAAACUGAGGAACCUCCAUUCCUGGCUGGUCAGACAAAGAUGUCUCUUGAGCUCUCUCCAAUUCGAGUUGUAAAGGCUCCCGACGGUUCUCUCAACCGCGCUGCCAUGGCAGGGACGAAUCUCGCCAAGGAAAGACGAGAGUUGAGGCAGCAAGAAGCACAGGAUAGGGCUGCUGAACAAGCUGCUGAGAUCGAUCUAAAUGCACAGUGGCAGGAUCCGAUGAUUGCACCUGAAGAUCGGAAGUUUGCAGCCGACCUUCGAAACGCGCAGCAAACGAAACCCACUGAUUCAAUACCAGAAUGGAAACGUGUCACGAUGGGCAAGAACCAAUCCUUUGGUAAGAGGACUAAUAUGACGAUCAAGCAGCAACGUGAGAGUUUGCCAGUGUUCAAAUUCCGCAAGCAGCUGCUUGACGCAGUCCAAGAUAACCAGUUACUGAUCGUGGUCGGAGAUACCGGGUCAGGAAAAACUACCCAGUUAACACAGUUUUUUGCCGAGGCUGGAUAUGCGAAUAGGGGCAUCAUUGGAUGCACUCAACCCCGUCGUGUAGCAGCUAUGUCUGUAGCCAAGCGUGUGGCUGAGGAAGUCGGCUGCAGACUUGGCGCAGAGGUUGGAUACACGAUUCGUUUUGAAGAUUGCACUAGUCCUGAGACUAAAAUCAAGUACAUGACGGAUGGAAUGCUUCAAAGAGAAAUCCUUCUAGAUCCUGAUCUGAAGAAGUAUUCAGUGAUUAUGCUUGACGAAGCUCACGAACGGACAAUUGCAACUGAUGUGCUUUUUGGACUUCUGAAAAAGACUCUCAAGCGAAGGCCAGAUCUCAAAUUGAUUGUGACAUCGGCCACACUGGAUGCUGAGAAGUUCUCUGAGUAUUUCCAUAGAUGUCCUAUUUUCACGAUUCCGGGACGGACCUAUCCUGUCGAAAUUAUGUAUUCUAAGGAGCCUGAGUCGGAUUACCUUGACGCUGCGCUCAUCACGGUCAUGCAAAUCCAUCUGACGGAACCUGCUGGUGAUAUCCUCCUCUUUUUGACCGGGCAAGAAGAAAUUGACACAGCCUGUGAAAUUCUCUACGAGCGAAUGAAGGCUCUCGGUCCUUCAGUUCCUGAACUGGUCAUCCUCCCCGUCUACUCCGCUUUACCGAGCGAAAUGCAGAGUAGAAUUUUCGAACCCGCCCCACCAGGUGGUAGAAAAGUUGUCAUUGGGACCAACAUCGCUGAGACUUCAAUUACAAUCGACAAUAUUUACUACGUCAUUGAUCCAGGUUUCGUCAAGCAGAAUGCCUAUGACCCCAAGCUUGGAAUGGAUUCCCUGGUGGUUACCCCUAUAUCUCAGGCUCAGGCUAGGCAGCGGGCCGGCCGUGCAGGGAGAACAGGUCCAGGAAAAUGUUUCCGACUAUAUACUGAGGCAGCCUAUCAGUCAGAAAUGUUGCCAAACACAAUCCCUGAAAUCCAGCGUCAAAAUCUUUCUCAUACCAUUCUCAUGCUCAAGGCGAUGGGCAUUAAUGACCUUCUUCAUUUUGAUUUUAUGGACCCGCCUCCCACCAAUACUAUGCUUACUGCUCUGGAGGAGUUGUAUGCGUUAUCUGCUCUGGAUGACGAGGGUCUUUUAACUCGAUUGGGACGCAAGAUGGCAGACUUCCCAAUGGAACCAGCUCUUGCCAAGGUGCUCAUCGCUUCUGUCGACAUGGGGUGUUCUGAGGAGAUGCUUAGCAUCGUUGCGAUGCUUUCCAUUCAAUCUGUUUUCUAUCGCCCUAAGGAAAAGCAGCAACAAGCAGACCAGAAAAAGGCCAAGUUCCAUGACCCGCAUGGCGACCAUUUAACAUUGCUGAACGUAUACAAUGGAUGGAAAAACUCCAAGUUCAGCAAUGCCUGGUGCUUUGAGAACUUCAUUCAAGCGAGGCAAAUUCGCCGUGCCCAGGACGUUCGCCAACAACUGCUUGGUAUCAUGGACAGGUAUCAUCACCGGAUCGUUUCCUGUGGUAGAGACACAACCAAGGUACGUCAGGCAUUGUGUACAGGAUUCUUCCGAAAUGCAGCCCGCAAGGAUCCCCAGGAGGGAUAUAAGACCCUUGUUGAAGGUACACCUGUCUACAUGCAUCCUAGCUCCGCAUUGUUCGGGAAGCCAGCGGAACAUGUUAUCUAUCACACUCUUGUCCUGACCACCAAGGAAUACAUGCAUUGUACUACCAGUAUUGAGCCGAAGUGGCUCGUUGAAGCAGCCCCGACAUUCUUCAAGGUGGCGCCCACGGAUCGUCUUUCUAAGCGCAAGAGGGCGGAGCGUAUUCAGCCCUUGCAUAACCGGUUUGCAGGAGAGGAUGAUUGGCGUUUGUCGGCGCAGAGACGUCAGGGAAGAGGAGGUGGAGGAGGAACUUGGGGUUAA